UGCGAGUGCUCUGAAGCGAAGUGGGGCGGUAGUGGCCGGUGCAGAAACGUUGCCUAGGCGAACACGAGAUGACCGGUUCGAAUGAAUUCAAGCUGAACCAGCCACCCGAGGAUGGCAUCUCCUCGGUUAAGUUCAGCCCCAACACCUCCCAGUUCCUCCUGGUCUCCUCCUGGGAUACGUCCGUGCGCCUCUACGAUGUGCCCGCCAAUUCCAUGAGGCUCAAGUACCAGCACACUGGUGCUGUCCUGGACUGCGCCUUCUACGAUCCAACACAUGCCUGGAGUGGAGGACUAGAUCAUCAACUGAAAAUGCAUGAUUUGAAUACUGAUCAAGAAAAUCUUGUUGGAACUCAUGAUGCCCCUAUCAGAUGUGUCGAAUACUGUCCAGAAGUGAACGUGAUGGUUACUGGAAGUUGGGAUCAGACAGUUAAACUGUGGGAUCCCAGAACUCCUUGUAAUGCUGGGACGUUCUCUCAGCCGGAAAAGGUCUACACCCUGUCGGUGUCUGGGGACAGGCUGAUUGUGGGCACAGCAGGCCGCCGAGUACUGGUGUGGGACCUGAGGAACAUGGGCUACGUGCAGCAGCGCAGGGAGUCCAGCCUGAAGUACCAGACUCGCUGUAUCCGAGCCUUCCCGAACAAACAGGGUUAUGUGUUGAGCUCCAUUGAAGGCCGAGUAGCUGUGGAAUACUUGGACCCGAGCCCUGAGGUUCAGAAGAAGAAGUACGCCUUCAAGUGUCACAGGCUAAAGGAGAACAACAUCGAGCAGAUUUACCCAGUCAACGCCAUCUCCUUUCACAAUAUCCACAACACAUUUGCCACAGGAGGCUCUGAUGGAUUUGUAAAUAUUUGGGACCCAUUUAACAAAAAGCGCCUGUGCCAGUUCCAUCGCUACCCCACCAGCAUCGCAUCCCUUGCCUUCAGUAAUGAUGGAACUACGCUUGCAAUCGCAUCGUCAUAUAUGUAUGAAAUGGAUGAUACCGAGCAUCCUGAAGAUGGUAUCUUCAUUCGCCAAGUGACAGAUGCAGAGACAAAGCCCAAGUCCACGUAAUCAUCUGGUGAAAGUGGUUUUUCUGGAAAAGCUUUGUCUGCUUCCUAUAAACACGUGCUUCUUCUCCCUAAGGCCUGUUUGUAGCUGUUGGACACUUGGUCUAGUGUGUGGAUUUCCGUGUUUCCUGUCACAACAGAAAUGUCUCUGUCUUGUGAUUGGGGUGGGGAGGCUUUGCCCUUGUACAGUAGUUUGAGAGUCUCCUGCCCCAUUGUUGUUUGUGUUCCUAUCUAAAACUGUUAUAUUUUUCUGCUGUCUAAUAAAUCAGAGAUUUGGAACUUUUAAAAA